AUGGCAGGUAAUGUCGAACAAUGUUCGAAUAAUUUCAAUGAGCCUGUAAUAUGUCAAAAUGGAUAUGGAUGUCAUGGAUACGAAAUAAUUGAGAAUGGAAAAAGAAAUUAUAGAGGAGAAUGUCGAAAUGCUAGUACAAUGACAAUAUUUCCACGUCUAUAUUUUGAAAUCAUGCUUAUACAAGGUGAUUCACCUCUUUCAGAAGAUUGGAAUCAUCUUGGUUUAACUUGUAAUAAACAAAAUUUAUGUAAUACUCGACAACAAAUCAAUAAAAUGAUAAAAUUAGCAAAUGAUUUUUAUCCAUGGGAAUAUAUUAACGUUAAUUCGUGUGAAAAGCUUUCUAUUAAAUCUAAUUAUCUUUUUCUUCUAAUAUUAUCUCUCUACAUUUUUUAUAUUUAA